GCAAGGCUUUCAUUCCCCGGAGUUCUUGUCGUCUUCUCUUCGGCGUCCCGUUAACCGCCAUCCACCACACCGAGCCCCAACCCCAAGCAGCCCCCAACUACCAAUCCCUCGCACCUCCAUCCCUGUCUCCCAUGGCUGUGCCUCUGCGGUGGGCGAACCUCAACAUCAACCUGGUGAUCGAGAUCGUGAACCGCGUCCCGUGCGCGAUCGACCGCGAACGGAUGGCCGCCGUCUGCCAGGCGUGGCUCGCGGCGGUCGUGCAGGCAAAGCCUCUGACAUAUCAGCUCCCGUCGCUCUUCCUCCCGCCCGCGAACGUGUCUGGCGUCUACUGCUACCUCAGCGGCUGCCGCGACCACAACAUGUUGCCCGGGCCCCGCUACUUCGGUUCGUACGACGGCGGCUGGUUCUUCCUCGCCUACGGUCAGACUCGCGGGCACCGGCUGUUCAACAUCCGCACCGGAGGCUCCCACGAGCUACCCGACGUGGUCGCGGAUCUCUUCACUACUGUCGGAACCUACAGCAUGGUCGUCCUCGCCGCCACCCUCUCGCUCCCGCCUGAUCACCUGGCAUGCGUCGCCGCGGGCAUCGUCACCUACCAGCCGGACCUCGACGCGCCGCGCCGACGCCACGUCGCGUUCUGGCGACCAGGGGAUAAGAUGGCCGUCUGCAACGUUGUGCCCAACGAGUCAGUUGGGCCGGGUUUGGAACCGGAGGACGUCGUGUACUACCGGGACUCCUUCUAUUUCCUCACCCAAGAUGGGCAUAUUCUCGUGUCCCGACCGUACUAUAAUCGUGUGGGGGAUAUCCUGGGAGCGCUAUCGAAGUUAACGCGCUUCCAGUUCCAGGAAGGGGGGUGCAGUGACGAGCAGUUCGUCCGCGCUCGCUACCUCGUAUCAUCCCGCGGGGAACUAUUGAUGGUCGUCAGGCUCGCUGCCCACCAUCACGCGCCGACGUCGUCGUUCAAGGUGUUCCGGAUGACCCUAUACCCUAGGACCUGGUUCGAGGAGGAUGCAUUGUGUGGCCGGAUGUUGUUCGUGGGACGAGGAUGCUCCAGGUCCUACGAGGUGAGUCAGUACCCGGGGUUCAAGGACGGCAUCUUCUUCUUGGAUGAUCGGAGCUUCUACGAUGCCGAGAUGAUGUUCCGCAGAGUCAAUGAGAGGCAGUACCCCUGCAGCGACAUCGGCAAGUGGUCGCCGGAUAGGCCGUCUCCCCACGUCGACCUCUACUUCCCAGAGCGGGUUCCUUCUUACAACUCUCCUCCGGCUUGGCUUCUCCCUUAGAUACCUACGAAAUCUGUUGUGUUUGAAAGCCAUAAAUGAUGUGCGUGUGUGUGUGUUCGUCGUCUUGCAGUAAUUGUUGGUUCUUUUAACAGUGAAACAGUAGCUGAAAA